UCUGAGAACGAAAAUGAAAAUUAGCUGCUGGAAUUUCAUGUUUGUGCGUGAAAUUGUAUGUGUUCUGAGAACGAAAAUGAAAAUUAGCUGCUGGAAUUUCAUGUUUGUACGUGAAAUUGUGUGUGUUCUGAGAACGAAAAUGAGAAUUAGCUGCUGAAAUUCCAUGUUUGUACGUGAAAUUGUGUGUGUUCUGAGAACGAAAAUGAAAAUUACCAGCUGAAAUUUCAUGUUUGUACGUGAAAUUGUGUGUGUUCUGAGAACGAAAAUGAGAAUUAGCUGCUGAAAUUUCACGUUUGUGCGUGAAAUUGUGUGUGUUCUGAGAAGGAAAAUGAAAUUUCAUGUUCGUGCGCCUUUGUGUGCGUGUGUGUAAUGUGAUUUUUCUUCUCUUAUUUUGAAGCAACAAUGGUCAAUUGGCUUCGAAAGUUUUUAGUCUGCUUGGGUAAAGCCCAUGAUGCCAAUGCCGGUACCCGUGCCGAGGACUAUCCGGAGAAUAUAUGGUCGGAGGACCUUGUGAGGCACUCCUCCGGAGAAUGCUCUAUGGCGAUGGUUAGAGGGAACAAACAUGUAGAGGACCGUUGCCAUGUAGUGGUCACCCCAGCCGGUACAUUCUUUGGUGUUUACGACGGCCAUGGUGGCUCCGCCGCCUCUCAAUUCGUGCUUGACCAUUUACAUACUAAUUUCACAAGGAUUUUACAAGAAGCAGGGGGGGUUAUGUCUGAUGAAGUCUUGCGGAAUGCAUUUUCUGAAACAGAAAAUGAGUUCAUCGAGUUGAUUCGAAAACAAUUUAGCCUAAUGCCAGCAAUCGCAGCCAUUGGAUCAUGCGUUUUAGUUGGGGUGCUUUGGGGGAAGGAUCUCUAUUUGGCCAACUUAGGUGACUGUCGAGCAGUGAUGGGUGGUUUAAUGGAAGGACAAAUUUGGAGGGAACGUGCGAUGACUGUUGACCAUAAUGCUAGGUCUUCAGAUAUAAGAAAAGAAUUACAAGAAGCGCACCCUGAUGUUCCGGACGUUGUUCUUAAGAGAGGCGUUUGGCGGGUCAAGGGCAACCUUCAGGUGACGAGAUCCAUUGGGGAUGCUUACCUCAAAUUUCCGGAAUUCUCCUUGAACACUAUUUCAAGAUAUAAGAUCAAGAAGCCUAUUGUUCGACCAGUGGUGAGAGCUGAUCCAGAGAUAACGAAGACAGUUUUACACAAAGAUGAUAGAUUUAUUGUCUUCGCGACUGACGGGCUGUGGGAUGAAUUAUCCAAUACAGCGGUGGAUCUGAUAGUUAGAGGGGAGCCUCGACCGGGGAUUGCAAGGACACUCAUCAGAAGGGCACUAGAAGUAGCAGCGACCAAGAAUAAGAUGACGUACGAGCAGUUAAAGAGGCUGGACGAGGGCCAGCGUGACAGAAGACCAAUCCACGAUGACAUGACCGUCAUCGUGGUGUUUUUCGAUCAAGCAGCACCGGGUGAGGAACCCAUGGUAAGCUAUACCUUGGGUAAUGACCCCGGUGCUGGACCAUCAAGCAGCUCCAAUGCUGGAGCAUCAAGCAGCUCCAAUGCUGUUCAAGCUGUUCGUGGUAUCUACAGGGCCGAGCAGCUGGUACACUGGAAACCCGAAGCUUGGAUCGGAGUUCAGUGCUUCAAAUCAUCCAUAAUCAACCUUCAACUUCACGGGCUGGAGCUCACUGGAAAUCUUGGGUAUCAGCUGUCCAAUCUAAAAACUUUGAAGCAUAUGUUUAUGCAGCGCAAUCAACUCACUGGAUCAGUGUUUUUCUUAUCCAAUCUCUCGCUUACUGACUUGAAUAUCGAAGACAACCAUUUCAGUGAUGUUAUUCCUGAAAACUUUCAAGCUAUAGCCGCCUUGAGGAUUGGUGGGGUCGCUCUCGUUGCAUCAUUUUUGGCUAUUGCACUUGUGGUGCAAAAACAUCGCUCACGUGGGAAAACACUCGGCAGCUUGGAGAGCAGUGAAAAUUCAGUGAGAUCUCUACCAAUCGGCACAGUCCAAGAGCUUCAAAUAACAACAAACAGCUUGGGUGAAGAAAACUUCCUCUGUGAGGGUUCCCUUGGUUCUGUUUACAGAGCAGAGUUUCUAGAUGCAUAUCAAUUGUUGACGAGAUGGGCUUCAUCGAAACCUCAUGACAGCACAUCAUUAGGACAGAUGGUUGAUCCAGCAGCUAUUAUAAGAACAAUCUCCUCCAAAUCUGCCUCUCGUUUCGCUGACAUCAUAUCUCCGUGUAUACAGCCUAAACAAGAAUUCAAGCCCACCAUGCCUGAAGUUGCCGAGUCUUUGAUGCAAAAGCCGAUUGCCCCAGAUGGCCCUGAAGUUGCUGACUCUUUCGAUCGAUCUCUUAGGUCAACCAAUACCCGUUUCUGUGGAUCACCUACUCUAAGCUGCUACUCUGUUUAAGAGUCAGUUGUAAAAUUAGGGUACAAGUGUUAAUAACACAUUGGAAUGUAAAACGGCAUUUCUAAGUAAAUAGACAAACACUUUGUCACACCCAAUUCUUUAGGUGGAGAUAAUGCAGAUGUUGAUUGAUAAUGUCUCAUUCAGUAACAUACAAAAACAAAAGUUUAAUGCAAA